AUGAAUUCCAUAAUCCUCAGAGCCGUUUAUAGGUCCAGGGGAGGUUUAAUUCUCCCUCUGAAAUCGACCUUCGCUCUUCACAAAACACAAUACCAGACAAUCGUCACGCCCAAACCAGUGCGACAGCUUAUUAUACUCGGCCAGACGCACCGCACGAGGAACUUCACCACCACCCCGCCACUAUCCAAGAAGAAAGGCGGCUCCAAAGGCCCUAAACCCGUCAAAGCACCCUCCAAGAAAGACAACAAGGGUCUCCAAAAUGGCGCCGCCGCAUACCGAAGAGGGGGCGCAAAAGACUUCACUGCAGACUGGAAUAAAGGCGAAUCUCCCGACGCUUCCAUGUGGUGCCGGCGCAUGGACAUGAUCACGGCCAGGACAAUGACGCGGGACUACGGGCAGCUCGAGAAAGCGGUCUAUGAAUGGACAGGGCUGCUGGAGGAGGGGAUACAGGCCGGGGUCCCGGCUACGUAUAUUGACGCCACGGUGAGGCGGAACCGACAUAGCUCGCCGGGGCUGAGGGAGUGGGUGACGGACCCGACCGAUGAUGUGGGGUUAUGGCCGAGUGGCUUUCCGUUGGAAGAAAGUGAUGAAGUCGAUAUUGAAAAAAGACGGAGAGAGUGGGACGCCAUAUCUACAAGCCGUGAGGAGGAGAAGAAGGAGGAGGUCGAGGAGGAAGGUGAGGAUUCACUUGACGAGAAGGAGUAUGAGAAGUUUAGACGGGAGACGAUUGGGCCUAAGUACGACACGAUGACUGAGGAGGAGAGGGAUAAGGCGAUGGAAGAUAUAAUGUGGGAGGAGCUCGGUAUGGGCCGACAGGUGGUUGGGCCCGAGUGGGAUACGAUGAGCAAAGAAGAGAGAGUUGCAGCAUUUCAAAAGUUGGAAGACUCUAGUGGGAGGGCUAUGUUUGGGCCCGAGUGGGAUACAAUGAGUGAGGAGGAGAAAGAUAAGAUGAUGUUCCAAUAUAUGGGUUUGGAGGAAGGGACAGAAAACGAUGGGGAUUCAACAGAACCAAAUUCCUAUGAAGAAGAAGAUGAUGAUUACGAUGAACUGGAUGAGUUUGAUCCCGAAGCGGAGGAAGUCGAUCUUGAAGAUGAUGAAGAUCUCGAGGCAGAGCUCGGGGGUGAGCGUGAUGAUUGGGAAUCUGAAGAGUUUGAGAACUCUAAAAAGGAGGAGUUGGAGCGUUCGGGAGAAAAGUCGGAACUUGAUGAGGUCGAGAAAAGACCCCAGAGACAAAAGUCCUAG